AUGUGGAGAACUAAUGGUGCAACCUUCAAACAAUUUCCGCUCAAAACAGCAGGGGCAAUUCAGGGACCGAAACCCUAGACUUGAGUUAGGGUUUAUUUGUUCCCUUCCCCAAAGCAUCUUAUCUCUUGAUUCAUCGAUAGCAUAAUAGAUUAUAGUUUCGAUUUGAUUCUCUCUUGAGAUCUCAUCUGCGCUUUCUUCAUUUGGGGCUUCAUCGCCCACUUUGCCAUCAAAUCCAUGGUCGUCAGUUUCCAAUGGACCCUUCUCAAAUGCCCACAAUUUCUCCCAUUGAACAAGAAGAAGAUGAGUGGGACACUGAUGGGUUUGUGAUUCCAAGUUUGGGAAUUGACUCGGAUCAAAGUAAACCGCAUGUUCCAAGCAUAGAAUCCUCAAAUUCUGCCGCAAAGGUUAAGAAAGAAGAGAACAUAUAUCUCGGACCACACGGAGCCCCUCCUUCACAAUCAAAACAACAAGAGACAAAUCCACCAAACCGAAAACAGAAGCUCAAGCAAAAGCUGAAAGAAGCUGAUAAGAGAACUAGUGGGACUGGUAGGGAAAACAAAGUGGAUAACCUAAGGGAGCUUGUUGGUGGUGGGAAAGUGAAUGCUAACAUGGCAAAGGGGUCCCCAAAGGAAUGGUUAGAUCCACAUUGCCAUGAAUCUCAAUUUGAGAGGAGGUAAUGAAACAACUAAAGAUGAUAGUUUCUCCGGCCAUUGUUGAAGUAGAACUUCUGGUCUUAUGUUAUAGUUUAAUGCAUUAUCUAUUGGGACACACAGUUUUGGAUUUUAUGUACUCAGAUAAUAAAUGUAUC